CAUCACAAACUGUCAAGUCAUGUUUUGAAUUUCUUCUAAUUUGAUGAAACCGGCAGAUUUUCCCUAUUCAUUGCAGCCUGUAACCUGUUUCGUAAAGAACCAUCGCUUCAUACUAUACUGAUGAUAUGGCAAAUCGUACGGUAACAGUACUUACUGUAAACGGUCGCCGGCAGCAAAUAAAAGUUGAGCCUAAUAUCACUAUUCUAGAGAUAUUAGAGCAAGUUUGUAAGAAGCACAAUUUCAAUGUAAACGAAUAUGAUCUUAAACAUCACAACAAAGUUUUGGACCUCUCUGCAAUGUUUCGAUUUUCUGGCUUGCCGAACAAUGCAUUACUAGAAAUGGCACCGACCUCAAAAGUGAGAACCGAAUCGGAUGUGACGCUGGUUGUUCAAACGGAAGAUGGAAGUCGUCUUGAGGGUACGUUCAAGCCUUCUGCCAGUUUGUUGGACGUGCUUAAGCAACUAUGUAAUGAUAAAGCUGACGCCGGAGCAAAUCCAGUCAUGAUUUACAUGCGUAAGGAAGUACUGUGGGAGUCGAUGGAAUCGACUACUUUGAAAAGCUUAGGACUAACUGGUGGACGAGCUAUAAUAAGGCUUCUUCAAAGGAAACCUGAAGAGUUGAAAACGCAGGCUAACGUAUCAGCUCCUUUGCCUAUAAAAGAAAAAGCUAUCGAUACCGAUGAGUUAGUCCAGGAACAAGAAAACAAAUCUAUUGCUGAUACGGUAGAAAAACAGCCAAAACAAAUGACCAUUGAUUCUGCUGAGCCCAUAGAUAAACCAGCAUCGCCGAACGCGUUUCAAAAAUCGAAAUUUAGUGAUAUUAGUCCAGAAGAAGAACCGUCAUGCAGUAAAUCAAAGCCAGUAAAAACUGAAACCAAUUUUUCAAAAGUUGUAGAGAAAAAACCCAAGCAAGAACCAGUUAUCAACAUCAUAGGUGAUAGAGAAGCUGUACUUUUUCAUCUAGAAAGCGCCGAGCGAAGUUCCUUCGAGUUACCUGAUUCAUUCUAUGAGGUGACCGUUUCGGAUGUACGAAAAAUGUACGCUGAUUUGAGAAAGCAAGUAAAAGAAAUUGAGGAGGCGCCGCUAAUGACGAAUGAACUUCGUCAACUGGAGGAUAAUAAACGAGUUCUAAAUCAACUGGCCCUAUACAAGGUUACUAUCGUUCGGGUACAGUUCGUCGAUCGAUACGUACUUCAGGCAAUAUUUAAACCGCACGAGCUGGUUGCAGAUGUGGUGGCAUUUGUACGCAACCAUUUGUCUGAUCCCACAAUUGAGUUUCACUUGUAUACCACACCACCGAAGAUCAUUGUGUCCCCCGAUAGCACAUUAGUGGAAGCUAAGUGCGUGCCACAAGUGUUACUCCAUUUCGGUUGCGAAAAAGAGCAUUCCACAGGGAAACUAUUGAAGACGGCACUAUAUGAACAGCUUUCGAAUGCCACAGGGGCAACAGCUGUGGCUGCACGUUCUCGAGGAAAUUUACUGGCUGAUUCGACCGAAUCCACUGAUACUCCAAUGGACACUGAACCAGAAAGUGAACGUGAGCCGCAACCAUCGGAAUCGGAAGGCAACGCUAGCCAACGGAUGCCUCAUACAAAUUUUAGAGCAUCAUCCGUGCAAUCGGCAUCGAGUGAUGUGAAAAUGCCCAAAUGGUUCAAGCCGAUGGGAAAAUAAAUUAUACUGUGCAGCAUUGUGUUAGACGUCAUUAUGUACUCCAAGAGUGUGGUUUUCUCCACAUGCUGGUCUAUGCACUGGGGCGUCGGGCUAUUGUAAGCGUCUUAAAGAGUGCGGCCCUUGAAAUGUUUAUGGAAUGUACUGGCCUCAAAGGAUUAAUACAUGUACUUUUUUAAUUUUC